AUGGCUACAACGCCCCCGCCUCAACUUUAUGGCGGGGAGGACUUCCACGCCCUCAUGAACCAGAUGAUGGGGCCGCCCGGCUCGCCCGUGCAGACGCGCAGCGGGCGCAUUUCGCGCCCGCCACCGACACCGCAGAAGGCCGACGAGACCGACGAGGCAGCGACUCCACAAGAGUGUGAGACUCCCAAGCCUCCAGAUUCGACCGCGCCGCGUAAGCGCGGCCGGCCCAGGCUCGACCCCGAAGAGCGGGCACGGCGUCUCCGCCAACGCAACAAGGAUGCUGCACAUCAAUCGCGCAAACGACGAAGGGAGGAGGCCGACGAGAACUUGGAGCUGCUCGAGGGGAAGACGCGCGAGUGCCGCAUGCUGGAGGAUAGAUGCCACGAGCUCGAGGCACAGGUACGUGAGCUCCAGGCUACGCUACAGGCCCACCGCAUCCCGUUGCCCUCUGUUCCGGGGCCGUCACGGUCCUGGCGCGACUACAGGAACGAACAGGCGUCACGGAACCCGGACCGCAACCACGCCUCCCCGGCUGUGUCCAUCGACCAGUCGUCACCUGCGUUCGUGAUCCCACAGGCAUAUCCUCCUGUGUAUGCUGGUCUGGAGGCGUUAGCCAACGCCGCUCUCCCCAACCUCGCUCCCCACCCUAUGGCCCAUGUCACCUCGCUCAAUCCCACAAGCGCGAUCGGUGACCUCAGCACGCCGCUGCACACCACGCCAGCCGCGGGGCCCCUCUCAAUAGACCCGGACAUACAAGCGGCGCUCGACGCUCUCAACUUUCCCGCAUACACGUGGCGGCCGGACGACGACGCCAUCUCGCUGUCGGCGCUCUUCACGCUGGACGAUCUGGCAGAGGACGCAAACGACGGCGACUUCGUGCCUCCCACGUCGCCGAAGGGCGAGAGCGAGAGUGACUCGGACGACGACGACGAGUACGACGACGAAGACGAGAAAGGCAAGUGGAGGGGGAAGGGCACGGGCAAGAAGCGGCCCGCGCCAACACCGACGCCACCAGACGAGGAGGAGGACCUCUUCCUGCCGAUUGAAGAUGUGCCUGUCCCGGAGGACCAGCUGUAUGCCGACGCAAUGAAAGCGCUCGGAGUCAGCACGCCCGACGAGCUCAAAGUCGUGGUCAACAAGAUUGUCGAGACGGCCAGUCGGGGCGGCGUGACGCCCGAGCAGGUGGAGGGGUUGCGGCGGCUCAUGCGGCUGGCUGAGCCCGUCCCCCUCGCUCGCUGCCUCCACGCUAGUGCAGAAUAG